GCGGGAGCCGGGAGGCGAUUUCUAGCAGCGGGACGCCGGGGAGCCGCCCGCCGCGGCGCGGAGCCUUGGAGGAGCGGGCCGGGAGCUGAGGGGGGCGGAGGAGGCGGAGGCGGAGGCGAGCGGGGCGCCGAUGGAGCGGGCGCUGGGGCUGCCCGCAGAAGAGGACCUCUUCCACAAGAGCCUCGCCGCCUCGGCCAAGCGCAUGGAGUCCGCCUUCCGCUCGCCCCCGGGGCUCGACCUCUCGCACCCCCGCGACCGCCAGCCCUCGCCGCUCGCCUGCUACGAGGCGGCGGAGCCCGAGGCGCUGCUGCAGCCCGGCGUCGGCGGCGACCCGCUGGCCCUGCCGCCGGGCUCCGUCUGCGUCAAGUACGGCGAGAGCGCCAGCCGCAGCUCGGUGGCCGAGAGCAGCGGCGGCGAGCAGAGCCCCGACGACGACAGCGACGGCCGCUGCGAGCUGGUGCUGCGCGGCGCCGGGGGGGACCCGCGCGUCGCCUCGCCGGCGGCGGGCGGCGGCGGCGGCGGCGGCGGGGGGGGCGGGGGGCUGAAGGCGGCCGAGGGCGGCUGCUCCAACAGCCACGGGCACGGCGGCAGCAAGAAGUCGAAGGAGCAGAAGGCGCUGCGCCUCAACAUCAACGCGCGGGAGCGGCGGCGGAUGCACGACCUGAACGACGCGCUGGACGAGCUGCGGGCCGUCAUCCCCUACGCGCACAGCCCCUCGGUGCGGAAGCUCUCCAAGAUCGCCACGCUCCUCCUGGCCAAGAACUACAUCCUGAUGCAGGCGCAGGCCCUGGAGGAGAUGCGGCGCCUGGUGGCUUAUCUCAACCAGGGCCAGGCCAUCUCGGCCGCCUCCCUGCCCAGCUCCGCCGCGGCGGCGGCGGCGGCGGCGGCCGCCCUGCACCCCGCCCUCGGCGCCUACGAGCAGGCGGCCGGCUACCCCUUCAGCGCCGGGCUGCCCCCCGCCACCUCCUGCCCCGAGAAAUGUGCCAUUUUCAACAGCGUCUCCUCCAGCCUCUGCAAACAGUGCACGGAGAAGCCUUAAGCGCCGCCGUUGCCGCCCCCCGCCGCCGCCGCGGCCCCGGGGAGCGGCGACAGCCGGCGGCCCCGGCCCGGCUCCGGCUCCGGGCCGGGGGUCGCGGGGGCGGCGGAGGGACUGACCGCUGCCCGGCCUCCGCCUC